AUGGGCGCUGCAGCGUCGAAACGGGAGGUGAAGGCCACCGUGAGCUACCCCUCAGUUAGCUACCCCUCAGUUGCGCGAGCCAGCAUCGCGCCGCUUCGCGAGAGUGAGCUCGGCAAAAGCCACGCCGAAGAGCCUCCAUCGCGCCGGAAAUCCAGAGAGGGGUCCGCGGCGCUUGUGGACGAGCUGGUGGCGAGGGAGCGGAGAAGCUCGCAGCCCAUCCUGGACGUCGAGCGGCGCUCAUCGACCCAACGCGUCUCGAGCACAGAGUUUGCCCGCCCAGCCCACAUGCCGCCCACGCCCACUCAAAAGGCGGAAGGCGAGAGUGCCGCCGAGACGAGCGCAGAGGUGGGUGCGGAGCCUCAGCCGCGCGACGAUGACGGCGCGGUGAGGAAUGGUGCCGCCGAAGGAGUUGGUUCCGAGUGUGUUGAGGAGGUCGGCAGCGGGACAGCAAGUGGCAGCGGAGGCCCUGCGGUAGGCAAGGCGGGUGGGGCUCCACGCAAGUCCAAACGGAAAUCUCGACUGAGCUCAUGGCGCGAGGAGGCGGGCGAAUCGAGAGAGGCGGCCUCCUCAGCCUCUACGGAGGACAGCCUCGCUAAGGCUUCGGACGCCCCCGGCACCUCGACGGCGAAUGUCCGCCCCGACAGUCCGUCGCCCGUCGCUGAGAACGCUCUGGAGCCCUCGACAGACGCCAACGAGCCCGUCUCUGAGCAGGCUCCGGAGCCCUCGAUAGAAGCCAACGAGCCGCCCGGCGCUGCUGAGAAGGGCCCGGAGGAAGUUAUUCCCUCAUCGGAUGCCCCCUCCGCCGAGCUUCCGCCCCGCCUCACGGUUGUCGCGCCGCCUCGGUUUGAGGUCGCUGAGGCACCGUUAUCCGUAUUGCCGGCGUCUUUGUCCUCGAGCUUGUCCUCCUCCUCCUCCUUGGAGUCCAGCACCCCGGGGCGCAGCGAAGACGGUUCGCUGCCAGCGACCAUUGAGCACGAAGAACCCGGGCUCGAAGAUGAUGAGUUGGCCGAGUGCAACGCGCUGCCGAGCACAGAGCACAUCUCGAGGCGUAUUCUAUGUAGCGCCGCAUGUGAUUUCGAUCCCCGAGCUCGGGGUUGCCUCGUUCGUGCCUCGCGCCAGUAUGUGUUUUUGACCGCAUUACGGGGGUGCCUUGUUCGUACCGAGCGCCGAAUGCGAUUUCGAUCACAUUACGGGGGCGCCUCCUCCGAGCCUAGCGUUGGAUGCGAUUCCGAUCGCAUUACGGGAAAGCCUCCUCCGUGCCUCGCCUUGGACGCACAUUACGAAUGUGUUUUGGAUCACAUUACGGGGGGCGCCUCCUUUGUACCGAGCGGCUGUGAUUUCGAUCACAUUACAGUAUGA